CUAUCACACACCCCUUGCUUCUAACACUUUCCCUCCACUGUUCCUGAGUUUCGGAAAUCAAGCAGUGUGUUGAAGGAAAGGUAACAACAAGUGUAAGUUCAGGGGACCACGUCAGGUAGAGUACCUGUGUGGAGUUUGAAGAGAAGGAUGAUUGGGGGCACACACUUUUUUAACCCAGUUGUGAUGCUCAUGGACAACGUUUUCAUGAAGAACACAUGAAAACACACUUUGGCUGGUCCUGAAUCGUAAAUGACUCUCCACAGCUUUCUGGUCAUCUAAUCACGACUCCCCAACCUCCAUCCAGCUUGGCCCACCCUGUCUGUUAUCUCUGCAGACAUUAAAGGACACCUGUCUUCAUCUCAAAUACAGACCUCUGCAAGAACUCUUUUCCCUUUUGUAACAUUCACUACCAAGUCCAAGGAUCCAUUCUUCUCUUCUAUGUAUCUAACUCAGUGAGAUUUCAGUGCCCCGCUCUAUUUGAUUCCCUUAGCCAUCCCUAGUAGUUCCCAUUACUCUGAGCUCUCGGCAGCACCCACCCUCUCUUGCUCCUUACUGGUUGACUCCUUGGGUCCUGAGCCAGGAUGAAUGACGUCCAGGAUGCUACCUCUCCAGGGGCCGCUCUAGGUGGCCCUGUCGCCUGCGUCUCCAAAGUGGAGCUGCGUGUCGCCUGCAAGGCCCUGCUGGACCGAGACACCCUGAACAAGUCUGACCCAUGUGUCAUACUCAUGGUGCAGAACCAGGGACAGUGGACAGAGCUUGACAGGACAGAGGUGAUCAAGAGCAACCUGCACCCGGUCUUUGCCAAGGUCUUCACCCUGGACUAUUACUUUGAGGAAGUGCAGAAGCUGCGGUUCGAGGUCUACGACAUCCAUGGCACCCACAGUAUUGGCGCCCGCGACGACGACUUCCUGGGUGGAGUGGAGUGUACGCUCGGCCAGAUUGUAGCCCAGAAGAAGAUGGUGAAGCCUUUAUUCCUAAAGUAUGCAAAGUACGCUGGGAAAUCCGCCAUCACGGUACACGCUGAAGAAAUUUCUGGCAACAAUGGAUAUGUUGAACUGUUCUUCUGUGCCAAGAAACUGGAUGAUAAGGAUCUCUUCAGUAAGUCAGACCCCUUUUUGGAAAUAUAUCGAAUCAACGAUGAUGGGACGGAACAGCUCGUUCACAGAACUGAGGUAAUCAAAAACAACCUGAACCCCGUGUGGGAGCCCUUUAAAGUGUCUCUCAUCUCUCUGUGUAGCUGUGAUGAGGACAGGAAGCUCAAGUGCCUAGUCUGGGAUUCUGACUCCAGGGGAAAACACGACUUCAUCGGAGAGUUUUAUGCCACCUUCAGAGAAAUGCAGAAAAUUGGCGGUGGAAGCAAGGUCACAUGGGAUUGCAUGAAUCCAAAGUACAAACUAAAGAAAAAGAACUACAAGAACUCUGGGGUGGUCAUCCUCAGUGAUCUCAAGCUUCACAGAGUGUAUUCCUUCCUCGACUACAUCAUGGGAGGAUGCCAAAUCCACUUUACAGUGGCCAUUGACUUCACAGCCUCCAACGGAGACCCACGGAACAGCUGCUCCCUACACUACAUCAACCCGUACCAGCCCAAUGAGUAUCUGAAGGCUUUGAUAGCAGUGGGUGAGAUCUGUCAGGAUUAUGACAGUGACAAAAGAUUUUCCGCCUUGGGAUUUGGUGCCAGAAUUCCACCCAAUUAUGAGGUGUCCCAUGACUUUGCCAUCAAUUUCAACCCAGAGGACGAUGAAUGUGAAGAGAUUCAGGGGGUGGUGGAGGCCUACCAGAACUGCCUGCCUAAGAUCCAGCUGUAUGGCCCCACCAACGUCUCUCCCAUCAUCAGCAGGAUAGCCAAGCUGUCAGCAGGAGAGGAGACCAUCAAAGAUGCCUCACGUUACCACAUCCUGCUGAUCCUCACGGACGGCGUGGUGACAGACAUGGCAGACACACGCGAGGCCAUCGUGCGCGCCUCCUACCAGCCCCUGUCCAUCAUCAUCGUUGGCGUGGGCAAUGCAGACUUCACAGACAUGCAGAUCCUGGACGGGGAUGACGGGGUGCUGCGCUCACCCAAAGGAGAGCCCGUCCUCAGGGACAUUGUGCAGUUUGUGCCCUUCAGAGACUUCAAAACGGCCUCGCCUGCUGCCUUGGCCAAAUGUGUCCUUGCGGAGGUGCCCAACCAGGUGGUGGAGUACUACAGUCACAAGGCCAUCUGCCCCAUGCCGCCCGUCCCAUCAUGUGACUCUCCCACCUCCCUUGCCAACACCCCUACAGAAUCACUGCCAGCAGUGGGGACCACGGCCUGACCACAUCUCAGUCCAGAGAGAGAGAGGGUGCAGAUCGCUGCUCUGGACCAAGAACCAUGGUCAUUAAUAUUAGUGUUGUUAUCAUUCCUUUUUCAUUCGUACAGUGUUCACACACAGACUGGAAACUGAAACCUUUGGAUUGUUUUCUCUCUCCGUUCGGAUCAUGUCCCUCUGCCUGGCUGUGCAUCCAUCUGCCUGUUCAGCAUGAUGCUGGAGGAUGCAUGCAGGUGAAUCCCUCCCAAAGUUGAUCAACUAUGGUCACAGGCUCUCUGUCCCCUUCUGACCUGAUACUGGCAUCUUGGCCCUCAGCUGAUUUUUUUAUGACUUUCAAGGCUCUCCAAGGCUUCAGUCUGCUUCUCUUCUGUGUCCAUUUUGCUCUGCUGUGUCUCUCUGUCUUACUGCCCAUCACUGGUAUUGUCUGAAGAGCCUGUCAACUGAAGGAUUGGGGGAGGGGGAAUCUAAACAUAUCAAACCACAUGAGUCUUUCAAUUAUGAGGAAAGAGAUUUAGGUAACACUUUAUUUGACUUUUCCUAAAUGAUGCCUGCACAGAAAAGGUAGUCAUAUACAGUACGGGUCAAAAGUUUGGACACACCUGCUCAUUCAAGGGUUUUUCUUUAUUUUUACUAUUUUCUACAUUGUAGAAUAAUAGCGAAGACAUCAAAACUAUGAAAUAACACAUGGAAUCAUGAAAUAACCAAAAAAGGGUUAAACAAUCAAAUCAAAAUAUAUUUAAUAUGUUAUAUUGUUCAAAGUAGCCACCCUUUGCCUUGAUGAUAGCUUAGCACACUCUUGGCAUUAUCUCAACCAGCUUCAUGAGGUAGUCACCUGGAAUGCAUUUCAAUUAACAGGUGUGCCUUGUUAAUUUGUGGAAUUUCUUUCCUUCUUAAUGCGUUUGAGUCAAUAAGUUGUGUUGUGACAAGGUAGGGGGUAUACAGGAGAUAGCCCUAUUUGGUAAAAGACCAAGUGCAUAUUAUUACAAGAACAACUCAAAUAAUCAAAUAGAAAUGACAUUCCAUCAUUAAUUUAAGACAUGAAGGUCAGUCAAUCUGGUAAAAUUGCAGUCGCAAAAACCAUCCAGAGUUAACUGCACUUCAGAUUGUAGCCCAAAUAAAUGCUUCACUGAGUUCAAGUAACAGACAUCUCAAAAACCACUGUUCAGAGGAGACGGUGUAAAUCAGGCCUUCAUGGUCGAAUUGCUGUAAAGAAACCACUACAACAGGACACCAAUAAGAAGAAGAGACUUGCUUGGGCCAAGAAACACUAGCUAUGGAUAUCAGAAUCUGGCAUUUGAAAUUUUUGGUUCCAACCGCUCUGUAUUUGUGAGAAGCAGAGUAGGUGAACCGAUGAUCUCUGCAUGUGUGGUUCCCACCAUGAAGCAUGGAGGAGGAGGUGUGAUGGUGUGGGGGUGCUUUGCUGUUGACACUGGCAGUGUGGCGACCACAGCAUUCUUCAGUGAUACGCCAUCCUAUCUGUGUUGCGCUUAGGGGGACUAUAAUUUUUUUUUCAACCGGAGAAUGACCCAAAACACACCUCCAGGUUGUGUAAGGACUAUUUGACAAAGGAGAGUGAUGGAGUGCUGCAUCAGAUGACCUGGCAUCCACAAUCACCCGACCUCAACCUAAUUGAGAUGGUUUGGGAUGAGUUGGACUGCAGAGUCAAGGCAAAAGCUGCCAACAAGUGCUCAGCAUGUGUGGAAACUCCUUCAAAAUCAUUCCUCGUGACAGCUAAGCUGUCAUCAAGGCAAAGGGUGGCUACUUUGAAAAAUCUCAAAUCUAUUUUGAUUUGUUUAAUACUUUUUGGGUUACUACAUGAUCCCCAUAUGUGUUAUUUCAUAGUUUUGAUGAAAAACACUUGAAUGAGUAGGUGUGUCCAAAGUUUUGACGGGUAUUGUACAAGCCAACUUGACAUUUUGUAACAUGAUUCACACUAAUAUUACUUUACAGUACAACAUUUUAAAGCUUAGUGAUUUAUUACAGAUGAAGCAAUGUGACGUACAUACAUGUUAUGUCAAUCUCAGGUUUAUAGUGCCCUUAUG